AUAUUAUUGUUAUAAAUAGCAUAUAAUUUAUUUAAUUAGUAAUAAAAAAAUUAGCUAAAGUGGAUUGAUUAGAUAAGAGUGGUUGGUGAAGUGAUUAAUUCUGUUUUCUUUUUGCCUUUUGGCUCCCAAACAUGGUGGUCCUACAGCGUGCAUGAGAUGGUUUUAUUAUUUUUCUCCAAUUUGAACUCUAACAAAAAAAAGUAGAGAGAUAAGAUUUGUUAUUUUAAUAAGAGCAUCAUAAGAAUCUUGAUUUACCAAACAUGGCAAGAAAAAACAUUUUUUUACAUUAUAAUAUAGUGUUAAUUAGUUUCUUGGUAUUUGUGUUUUUGGUGACAGAAGGGGCACCUCAAAGUGCACUGGUAACUGAACUUCCUGGAUUCAAUGGCACUUUUCAGUCAAAGCAUUAUGCUGGGUAUGUUAAUAUAGAUGAAAGUCAUGGCAAGAAAAUGUAUUACUACUUUGUUGAAUCUGAAAGAAAUCCAUCAAAUGAUCCAGUUGUUCUUUGGCUCAAUGGUGGACCUGGUUGUUCAAGCUUUGAUGGCUUUGUCUAUGAGCAUGGACCUUUUAAUUUUGAGUUGGGAAAGCCAAGCGGUAGCCUGCCGUCUCUGCAUAACAAUCCAUACAGUUGGUCCAAGGUUUCCAGUGUAAUAUAUCUGGAUUCUCCUGUUGGUGUUGGAUUAUCUUACUCGGGAAAUGAAUCUGACUAUGUGACAGGAGACUUAAAGACUGCAUCCGAUAGCCACUCGUUUCUCCUCAAGUGGUUUGAGAUCUACCCGGAGUUCCUCACGAACCCAUUUUACAUAGCUGGAGAGUCUUAUGCUGGAAUAUAUGUGCCAACUCUGUCUUACGAAGUAGCAAAAGGCAUUGAUGCUGGAGUAACGCCCGCCAUCAACUUUAAGGGUUACAUGGUGGGAAAUGGCGUGACAGAUGACAAAAUAGAUGGUAAUGCUCUUGUUCCAUUUCAACAUGGUAUGGGCCUCAUUUCAGAUAAAUUGUACGAGGAAGUUACUGUUGCAUGCCAUGGAAAUUUCUACGAACCAAUGAGCAGUAACUGUUCAGACAAGCUUUCUGAAGUUGAUCUGGCAGUGAAAGAUCUAAACUUGUACGACACUCUAGAACCAUGUUACCACAGCAAAGAACCCAGUGUAAUUACCACUGGUAACUCGAAACUGCCAAUGAGCUUUCGUAAACUAGGUGAAACAGAAAGGCCUCUUCCUGUCAGGAAAAGAAUGUUUGGUCGUGCAUGGCCUUUUAAAGCUCCAGUAAGAGAGGGACAUGUUCCAACUUGGCCGGAGAUUCUCAAUGGGCAACUCCCUUGCACUGAUGAACGUGUUGCUACUGUGUGGCUAAACAAUGAAGAUGUUCGUAAAGCAAUUCAUGCUGACCAAACAACUGUCGCAGGUCCCUGGGAGCUAUGCACAGACAAAAUAAGUCUAAAUCAUGAUUCUGGAAGCAUGAUAAAAUAUCACAAAAACCUCACAUCUGGGGGAUAUCGGGCACUCAUAUACAGUGGGGAUCACGACAUGUGUGUACCAUACACCGGUUCAGAAACCUGGACAAGGUCACUUGGAUAUCCGAUUGUGGAUGAAUGGAGGCCUUGGUAUGUGAAUGGCCAAGUUGCAGGUUACAUACAGGGUUAUGCCAACAACCUCAUUUUUAUGACUAUUAAGGGAGCUGGACACACCGUGCCAGAGUACAAACCACGAGAGGCAUUGGCGUUCUACAGCCGCUGGCUAGAGGGCAAGAACAUAUGAUAAUAUGAAUAAUGAAGACUGAAUUAGUAGACAUUAUUAAGUCCAAUUAUUUCAGAGAGAUUUUUCUUUUCCCUAUGGACUCUUAGCAGGAGAAUUUUAUAAAAGAGAAAAUAAGGGAGAAGGAUAUUGGAUAUUUACCAUGUAAUUGAAGACUUAUAUUGUAUCUUCUGACUGUUAAUGCAAGCUCAUAUCAAUCUCUCUCCA